AUGGCGCUGAUUCAAUGAAGAUUGUGAGGAAGAUUCUUGUCUAUACUUUUCAUUAAUCCGUGAUUUUCUUUCUUAUUUCUUUUUCCGUGGAAGAGGAUAAACGCCAAGAUGGGCAAGAUUAAAUGUACUGAACUGAGGACAAAAGACAAGAAGGAGCUGAUAAAGCAGCUUGAGGAGCUCAAAACAGAGCUGACAAAUCUUCGUGUUGCUAAAGUGACUGGUGGUGCUGCCUCUAAGUUAUCAAAGAUCCGUGUAGUGAGAAAGGCGAUAGCUAGAGUAUACAUUAUUAUGCAUCAAAAGCAGAAAGAAAAUCUGCGUUUGUUGUAUAAAAACAAAAAGUACAAGCCUCUGGAUUUGAGGCCAAAGAAGACAAGGGCAAUCAGGAGAGCGUUGACGCCUUAUCAAGCCAACAGAAAGACCCUUAAAGAAGUACGCAAACGAUCUGCCUUUCCACCAAGGAAAUAUGCUAUAAAGGUGUAAGCUGCAAGGGUGAAAGGAGAGUUUUCAACGGUGAAUUAUCAUUUGAGAAAGAGAGAUGCUGCCACCGAUGAUGGUUCUCUCGCGUCGACGACAAGGAAAGGUGCGAGGGGAUUUUGCAACAGGUCGUCGUGGUUUUUUUUCGUCCCGCUAACUUUCCUUGGAGGCUCCAUAGGCUUGCAACUUUCUAAAUCAGCUCCACGAUACCGGUGGAUGAUACUCACAAUUAAGGAGCAAAGUGCGCCUCUGAAUAGUAAUCACAAUUACACUACAACAUUCUAUAAUGCAAGAAAGUAAGGAAAAUGAUAGUAGAACACAAAGUGUUAUAUUGUAGAGAACAAUUUCAAGGAAAUUAUGAAUGUGUCAUUGCAAAAGAGUUAUGACAUUUCAAGAUAUGAAAAAAUAUUAGAAGCAACGAUUUUUAGUUUCCUGUACUGCAUGAAAAACUUGACAAGGUAAUGAAAAGGAAGCUGUUUAUUUUUUCAUCUUC